AUGUAUACAAAAGCGUUUUCGUAUGUGCACGGAACAUUUGCCUUGAAACACUUGCCUUACAUAUAUCUUAACAGCUUUGGCUUCUUGGGACUACUCAUUUGUGCAACUUGGCUUCACUUUGGCUUCAAGAGAAGGAAGCUCAUCAAGUUUAGAGAUAAGUUCUUCCAGCAAAAUGGAGGCCAUCUCUUAAGUGUGGAAAAUGUAGAGCCCUCCAAGAUCUUCACAGCAGAAGAGCUUGAGAAAGCCACCAGCAACUUCUCUGAGGAUCGCAUACUUGGCCGAGGUGGAUAUGGAGUAGUGUACAGAGGAAUUCUACCUGGAAAUCAUCUGGUUGCCAUAAAAAAGUCUCGGAUAAUGGAUGAGGGACAAAUAGAGCAAUUCAUCAAUGAGGUGGUAAUUCUCACACAAAUAAAUCAUAGAAAUGUGGUUAAGCUCUUAGGUUGCUGCUUGGAAACCGAAGUUCCUUUGCUCGUUUAUGAAUACGUGUCUAAUGGAACGUUACUUCACCAUAUCCAUAAAAGUGGAAUCUCUUGGUUAUCAUGGGAGAAUCGUCUUAGGAUAGCCUCUGAAGUUGCAGGUGCACUUGCUUAUCUUCACUCUGCAGCUUCCAUGCCAAUAAUUCACAGAGAUAUCAAGUCAGCCAACAUACUUCUAGACGAUACUUACAUCACAAAGGUAUCGGAUUUUGGAGCUUCAAGAUUGGUGUCAUUAGAUCAACCUCAAGUGAGUACGCUUGUUCAAGGGACAUUAGGGUGUUUAGAUCCCGAGUAUUUUCGCACUAGCCAUUUAACCGAGAAGAGUGAUGUUUACAGUUUUGGCAUUGUUUUAAUCGAGCUCUUGACUGGGAAAAGGCCCAUUUGCUCUGAGAGGCCUCAAGAAGAAAGGAAUUUAGCCACCUACUUCAUUAUGUCGAUGAAGGAGAAUCGUUUGUUUCAAAUUCUAGAGCCUCGUGUGGUUCGAGAAGGGAGCUUGGAGCAACUCCAAACAUUUGCAGAGCUUGUGAGGAGAUGCUUAAGAAUGAAAGGUGAAGAACAGCCCACAAUGAAGGAGGUGGCAAUGGAGCUAGAAGGUUUAAGGAAGUUUACUAAGCAUCCUUGGGCAAAUCAUCAUCAACAAUAUCAUGAAGAGACUAUGAGUUUGAUGAGUGAAUCCUCGGAUCAUUAUGAUGUGCCAUUGAGUCCUCACAAUGCUAACACUACUGAAAUUUCUGGUCCAUAUAGUUUGGGUAGCAACACAAUAUUCCCAACUAAUGGUCCUCGCUAA